CUCAGGCCUGCAGCUUCGUAUCACCUUUGGAUCCAAACCUAUGCGCAACUCGAUAUCCAACCAAUCUGGAUCAAUAUGGCACUACCUGUAAAUGUCGGGAUCAAGGCCAUUGAGAUAUACUUUCCUGCUCAGUGUGUCGACCAAGAAGAGCUUGAGAGGUAUGAUGGCGUCAGCAAAGGAAAGUACACUGUUGGCUUGGGACAGACGAGAAUGAGCUUCUGCGAUGACAGAGAGGACAUCAACUCCAUCGCUCUUACUGCAGUGUCGGGACUCCUGCACAAGUACGAUAUCGAUCCAAGAUCUAUUGGCCGACUUGAAGUGGGCACAGAGACGAUGCUUGACAAGUCAAAGUCAGUCAAAUCGGUUCUCAUGCAGCUUUUUGAACACUGCAACACAAACAUCGAGGGCGUGGAUACCAUCAACGCUUGUUAUGGCGGAACGAACGCGCUCUUCAACGCUGUCAACUGGGUAGAGUCGCGUGCUUGGGACGGCAGAGACGCCAUUGUCGUCGCAGGGGAUAUUGCACUGUAUGAGAAGGGCAACGCAAGGCCAACUGGAGGUGCAGGCUGUGUAGCCAUGUUAGUAGGCCCUAAUGCUGUCCUAGCUCUCGAGCCUGGCUUGCGGGGUUCCUAUUCUCGACAUGCUUAUGACUUCUACAAGCCCUACUUCGCGGUUGAGUAUCCUUACGUUGAUGGUCAUUUGUCCUUGAACUGCUACACGGAGGCUGUCGACGGUUGCUAUAAAGCUUAUCUAGAACGUUUUGAGACUGAAGGCCUAGGCCACGCCGUUGGGGAGGCCAUGCAGGCAACUACGAAUGGCUACACUGGCCUUAAUGGCCACAAAAGUCAACAGAUAUUGCCUGCAGAUAAGUUCGACUACAUGUGUUUUCAUGCCCCAACCUGCAAAUUAGUGACCAAGUCAUACGCUCGCUUAUUCUACCGCGACUUCUUGUCUGAUCCGGAUAACGAACUUUUCAAAGCGAUUCCUGCAGAGUUCAGAUCUGUAGGUUAUGCGUCCAGUCUCAACGACAAGACGAUUGAAAAGACUUUCAUGACGCUGUCUCGGGAACGUUUCAAAAACCGGGUAGAGCCCUCCAUGUAUAUCCCAACUCAGUGCGGCAACAUGUAUUGCGGAAGUCUUUACUCCGGCCUGUGCAGUCUGCUGGGUCUUGUCCACAGCGAUCAGCUACAAGGCAAGCGUAUUGGCAUGUUCAGCUAUGGUAGCGGGCUUGCUAGUACCAUGUUCAGCUGGCGGGUCGUUGGGAGUACCGAAAAUAUUCGAGCCAAUCUCGACUUGAAGAAGAGACUAAGCGAGAGGCGAGUUGUGUCUCCUGAAGCAUAUGAUGAAGCAUGCCGUCUUCGAGCGUUUGCUCACCAGCAAAGCCCUUAUCAACCCAUCGGAAGCUUGACUGGCCUCUCCAAGGAUACUUAUUAUCUUACUCACGUUGACAAGAUGUUUAGGAGGACGUAUGGGGUCAAAUAA